AUGACAAGAAUGCCCUUUGGUUACCCCGCUCAUCCCCUCCUCCAAAUUAACAGACCUCUCCGAUUGUCGUCGAUGGCGGCGGAAGCCCACGCGAAUUCUUCCCAACUUCAGCCGGAAAACUCCCCCCAAACACUUGCCGAUUACCCUGUCCCACUCUCCCCUCCGCCACCGCUUCUAUCGAAGAACGUCGAGCUGAAUAGGGCUUUAACCGCAUCUUCCAAAUCUUCCAUCUUUUCCCUCUCUAGAAAUGAUGUACUCUUCGAAGAUGAGUGGCUCAUUGCUGUCAAUAAGCCUCAAGGGAUUUAUUGCGAAUCCAUUUUGUCUUCAGUUCGGAGUCUUCUCAUCCCUCAUCAAGAGGAGAUAGGGAAGUUGCAAGAAUUCCAUCUAUCUAAUCGGCUAGACCGUGAUACGAGUGGUGUGACGGUCGUAACAAAGUCUCAUAAAGUGGCGGCCAAGCUUGUGAAAGCGUUUACAGAUCACAUGGUCAAGAAGACUUACCUUGCGCUGUGUGUUGGUUCAGUUCCAAAAUGGAAUAAGAACGUUGUAAAAUCUGGCCAUGGUCGAUCAAAGCAUGGAGCCUGGCGCAUCUAUGCUGUUUCUGAUGUUGGUCGGACACUUCCUGGCGGAUCAUACGUUCGAGAUAUGGAAACGCUUAUUGAAGUUUUAUCAGUAGAUGGGAAAGGCAGGUCACAAGAGCCUCUUGGAUCGGGAAAACACGAAGAAAAUACCAUUGUUGUUAAGGAAAAACCAGAAGUUACAUCUUGUACUGAGAAAUCAGAGGUUCUAGUGAAAGCGUACCCUAGAAGUGGAAGAACGCACCAGAUUCGUCUGCAUUGCCAGUAUCUUGGAAUUCCAAUUAGAGGGGAUGUGAAGUACGAAGGUGUCUAUGAAUGGAAGGAUAGAAUCUACGAAGGACAUGAACUUCAUGCAGAAAGCUUGUCUUUUGAACAUCCUGUUACAGAAAUGGCACAAUCAGCUCAUCCCUCUGAGAGUGUACCCGUUGACAGUCGCAUCAAGGUGAGAUUCUACUCAUGCAUCAUGCAGUUUCCAUCCUACUUGUCCUAUCGAUUCAGACCCCUCAUGUGCCACAGGAUCGUUGACAGCAGCAAAACCCCUUUCGCAAUGGCACUUUGAGAUGGAAAUGGAAUGUGUGGAGACCUGAAAGAGAAGGAUCAAAUAUUGUUUGACACUGAUUGAGUAUGUAUGAAGUGAGAAAAGUGGAUAAUGUCAAUAAUGAAGCUCAUCAGUUGCUUCAAAUAAAAGGAUCCAAUCAAAUAAAAUAGUAGGGCAGCAAUCAUCUUGUGCUUUUGACCCAUGGCCAUCACCCUCUCUUUCACCAAUUUUAAUUCUUCCUAAAGCUUUAAACAAUGAAAGAAAUUAUGUAGGGGCCCAAUUAUAUUCAUAGCUCCAAUAGAUGUACUACUUUACCUUAUAAUCCCCAAUU